AUGGCGUCCCAGUCGCACGACGAAUCGCUCCUGGAAGCCGUCUUCAACCACAUGGUGCUUCCACCCAAGCUUCCAGACGCCCCAGAGGCUGAUUCGAUUCCUCUGAGCUGGGACUUGACGGAGCGCCUCAUCCGAGCCUGCAAGCACUUGCAAGAUCCAGAAGCGGACAUGCCCUGGAAAAUGAUCGAGGUGUCUCUGCGCUUGAGCCGUGAUGUGCUGCCUCCCAUCUCCAAGGAGACGCUGGCCGUCGCCUUGUCGGCGAUUGCAGACGGAGACGGCUCCGAGUGCCUUGCGCUGCACGUCGCGCAGCAAAAUGCGGCCAUGAUUCUUUACAAAAACAAGAAGACCGAAGAAGUAACCUUCGAGGCAUUCGAGGUAUCCCCCUCGACCGGCGCCGUGCUGGAUACCCACCAUGCUCUUCGCUGCGCCUUCCCCUGCCGUGCCGUCGCCAUCCCCGCCGCCGAGCUAGCCGACCCGUCGUUCUGCGACGCCCUCGCCGACUUUACGGAGCAGGCCGCCGACACGGCGCUAGACCGGUUCGCGGCGCGCGCGUGCAAGGGCGGCGCCACGGUGGUCGAGGUGCGCGACACGCCGAGCCCGGCGCUCAUCACCGAGAUGCUCUUCUCCUUUCUUGAAGCCAUCGGGAGGCCAGUCCCCGCCCACACAGUGCAGAAGCGAGUAAGGGACGACGUGGUGCUGGGCUCGGCCGAACGGCCCUGGAGGCGUUCGCCGUAUUGGCUGAUGUUGCGCGUCUUUGUUCAGCGCGUCAUCGCCAUUUCCUGUCUGGAUGAGGGACGGUCAAGCCGGCUCAGCUUCAAACUCGUCAUGUGCGUCGUCUUGGCGCACCUCUUGUCUGAUUGCCAGAACCACAUUGAGCCGGAAAAGGUGCUGAUGCUGCAGGCAAAACUCUGUCGCCGACUUGCCAAGCUGGAGAACGAGCUUAAAGAGGUAUCCUCGCCGCAGCACGAUGGCUGCGGUGCGCAAUUUGCCCAGCAUAGGCCCUUUUUUCAAGCGACCGUGACCGAAGCCAGGCGUUCUGUGGAAGGACUAUGGGAACAGUACAAGAAGAGAGCGGCGCGUCCGAUACCCAAACUGCCGUGGAAUGCUGAUCCGGCUGAUUUGGUCUUGAAACUCAGCAACAGCGAGCAGAGACUGAAGCUUCUCCUGUCCGCGAGUGUAGCGCCGCCGAAACGCGCCGGCAGCCGUUACUCCCCUUCGCAGGCCGAAGGAACGGUUAUGCAGGUGAACAAUCUAGCGGCGCGAUACGCUAGCGUUGUAAGCUGUGCCGAAAGGGCCAUGUUGACCCUGAAGAAAACUUUUGGUGCGGCAGACGAGGCAUGUAUAGAGCUGUCUGGGGCCAUGACGGAGUACAUGGAUGUCAUCCACGGCAACUUUGCCGAGGAUGCCAUUCUCGCAAGCCAUCAUCUGCUCAACCUGUUUGAGCUCUGGGUCGCCAUGGACUCUGCUGCCGUCAAAAUGUGCCCGCUUCUCGAGCGCUACCACCCUUCCUUUGCGGCCGAGGCGCUGGAUCUGCUCUGCUUCAUGUCUAGGGGCGACAUGGAACGGCUGCGUCUGAUCCAGGCCUACCUCGACAAGCGCAUCAAACUCAGCGGCGGCGAGGCUGCGCGCACAAUUUUCAGCGACCCGAAUCACGGGGCGUCGUUUCCCGCCGCGUACAUGGACGCGGAUGACGACGAGUCGUCGCGGAUGGCGCUUCUGAUGGCGCGCAUCGAGCAGGCGUCGGAUGAAUCCGAGGCCACCAAGAGGCGCGAGCUCGUCAAGGUCAUGGCACAGUACGAGACGCUGUCCGCCGAGAUGAAGACGGGCACCUGCGUCUGCAAGCGCCUGCCGGACGGCACCCUAGACGUGCGCGGCUGCCGGCGGUGCUACAAGGCACGCUGCCGCUACCGUCUUAGAGUGCAGGUGCACGAAGGAUUCAUGCCGAGGGGGAGGCCGAAGAGAGCUGCGGUUUUGCUCGAGCUCGGGAUGCCCGAAUAUCUGAUCAUGUAUCGCGAUGCCACCUGGCGGCUGCGCAUGCUGGGCCACGACCGGAGCAAACUAGGUAGGACAUCGGCGGAGCCAGCCAUUCUGGUCGCCAAGUUUGCUCCGCUGAGGAGGUUUGCCAGAAAAGACGGCGUCAGGUCGACGCUGACCCUGGCAUCCCGAAACAAGGCCUACUUGCAGACCCAUUUUCGAAAGCUGAAGUUGCCCAAGACGGCGAAUGAAGUGCUGCUACCAUUUGGCCCGGCGUUUACCUACUAUGACGCGGAAAACGGCCUUUGGCUCGACGAGUGCGGCGACACCCCGUGGUAUCACCACAUGCUGGGACCGUGGCUUCCGGGCGGCAUCGCCGAUCCCUUCGCCGACGCGGCGCUGUACAUGUGCCCAGGGGAACACCCCAGCUCCUAUGAGACUUGCGCGACCCAGGACCAACACCCCGCGGGGAUGUCGCGUCAGGAGUUUGCUGCGUAUCAGACUGUCAUGGCCGGAACAUACCGGCGGUGGAUAGGGCUGACGAUGGAACUCGGUUCCUCGAACCUCAACCUCAGCAGCAGCGCGACGCAGCGGUUGUUCAGCCGCCUGGCGCUGCAGUCGGGCCCCCGGAAGCCCCAGGAUAAGCUGGAUGCCCUGGGUGAGGUGCACUCUGUGUUCCAUGACGACGCCUUUUGUACCUCACUAGCUCAUCAAACUCGCCAGCUCCUAAAAGCCUUGGAGUCUGGCCGGAGAGACCUGGAAGCCAUGAGCAUUGCCGUCACCUUGACGUUGCGGCUGCUCAGCCUCGGCCCGGAGAGCAUCCAGACGCUCGCGACGGAAUUGCUGCAAUCUAUACGCCAUCUCUUGUCCCUGUGGAUUUCGCAGCUUCGCGAGGAGGUAAGAUGCACGUCCGACGGCGAGAUAGCCUGCAAGGUUGCCUCGAACGCGUUCCGGGCCUCGUUGCUCAGCCGCCAGACCUUUCGUACCUGUCUUGCGGUAUCUGAAUGUCCGAGUCUGUCGCAAAACGAAGCGUUACAGUUUCUCAGGGCAUCCGUCGCGCUUUCAGAGAGUCUCAUUGUCAACCUGGAUGCCAUUCCGAAAGACCUUGAGCAGCUGCUGGCGCAGGAUAUGACCUGGGCUGCCCUCGGAAGCACCGCCAUUCGCGCAUGGACGCUGGCCAACACAGAGGCUCUGGGCACUAUUAUCAACGAAACGUGGGCAGAUGCGGGAGGAUCCAACCUGCGCUCGUUUUCCGAGUGGACGAGCUGCGAGGACGGGGAAUGGCUCACGUCGCGGACAGCAGCGACGGCACUCGUCUCCUCCCAGACGGUACACUACCACCCCCUCCGCGGCCAUCUCCUGAUUGACGGCAAGGCGCUCGGCAGGCUGCCUCUUGACAUCCGCCAAGAUGCGGGCCUCGUGGAGCUGUUCCCCGGCCAGCACCUCCUAACGCGAUCUUCAGGCGUAGCCGGGAUGGAGUACCAGAUCAUCAACGGCAGCGCCGCCCACCACGAGGUGCACGUCGGGCUGCGACAUGGAAGCGUCGUUAUCCGGGCGCGAACCUUUAGCCACCUCCUUGAGUACAUCCCGCGCGACAUGUUCAGAGGGGACGCCGAGCCAGAUCUCCCUACCGGGCUCAUCGACGGCUGCGUACACUGGCUGAACCUGCAGACGGGUGAGCUGGAGAUGCGCCGCAAGCCUAGCAUCUGGGCACCCAAGUCGUCCAACUGGGUCCUAAACGUGCGCAACCGCACCGCCGUGCGCGGGCGCUUCCGGGAGGGUGGAACGCGUCUAGUCGAGCCGCAGUCGCGACUCGGUCGGACUAUUGCCGACAUCUUUCGGCAUUUCGAGGAUCCCGGUAACCUGACCAUCUAUCAGCCGCUGAGCGACGUCGGGCGUCUGUCGGUCGAGAUCAAGCGGCUCGAGAUGCGCUUCUUCGUCAACCGCAAGGGUCUGCUGCAGUCGAUACAGCUCAAGUCGGAGAUUGACCCUGUGCAGGAUGUCGGGACGCUGCACGGCCUGCAGAGCAAGAUUGUCCUGCGGAACACAGCCAACCCGCGCCGCAAGAGCGUCAUGGUGCCCAUUGGGUCCGGCUGCGCCUGGCAGCGCGACGGGCCUCACGUUGCCGUGCGCGUCGAGAACCAGGGUAUUUAUGCCCUCUUUGCCGUCGAUCCCGUCCUGGGGCGGCUCAAGUGUGCGCCAGAGCCCGCGCUGCUGUACCUCCAGGCGCUGCUGCACGCCCUGACGUCGUUUCCCCUGCCGGAUGAGCUGACGGGGCGCACCGGGACCGAGGAAGCCUGCCGAUGCCUGACCGCAGCCCGCGGCCAGCCGUGGAAAUCGCUCAAUGUACUGCCCAAGGCAAUGCUGGCCAUGAUUCAGAAUGUCAGCCCCAAGAGAAAGUACUACCCGCCGACCAUGCGGCUGUACCAGCGUGUGGCGUGGGACGACAGCCUGACGGCGACGAUUCAGCACGAGCAGCUCGACGUCCUUGCCGCGGAGAUCCUGCAUCAAUCGGACAUUCUUGGUGCCUUUGACAGGUCUGCAGAAGACCAUGACCAGGACACGGUAAGCACAGAACCACCUAAGCUGCAUCAUCUUGCUCUUCGUGGCCUUGUUCGUCGGCAAGUCUACGAGCGCAGCAAGCUUUCUUCUGAUUCUGAGCUGCUGCUCCAAGCGAGGAAUGAUAGCGUCCAUCGCCCACGAGGUGUUGAGUUCCGGGACAAGGAGAGCACCCGAGUCUAUCAGACCGUCAAGUGGCUGCGGGCAGAGUCUAGUACUAUUCCCAAGCCAAAGUCUUUGUCUAAGAUGCUCAAACGCUGGAGCGUCAUGGACGGCUUCCUCGGUACCUUUUCAACACUCGACAUUGCGCGGGUACUGAGUAUCGAGACGUGCCAGGCGUUUGGACCCCUGGUUCAGCGUCUAAGGGCCCCCGACGCUGCCUCGGACUACAUGACGCAGCUGAGCCUUGCUCUAUUUGCAUACAGCAGGGAGGACAGGUCGGUGAUCCUGCAUUGGUUGGUGGCAAUUGCAACGACUCCUGAGCUCAAGGAGCCGGAGCCACCUACGACGAACCAGUUUCGCGAAUUUAAACAGUAUCAAGGAUUCGACGUGACGAAAGUUCAAUUGCUCAUCGCGUCCUGCCAAGCCGACUAUGCCACGUAUCAGUCGAGGCACAGCACAAAACAGCAGGGGAAGAAAAAGAAGAAGCUGGCUGCUGACUUGUACAGUGAAGACACGUACACUAGCGACAUUGCGCAAGAAUCGGGGAAGCUGGCGUCCAAGCUGCAGAGUUGUUGGCCAGAUCUACCUCUCACCCGCCAGGCAUUCAAUGUUACCUGCAGCGAUCUGGCGCUGAAAAUGGUCGACAUAAAGAGGACGUGGGAUGCUUUAGGGGCAGACAUGCGUCAGCUGACGCACAAUCACGCUCUUUCAGAGUAUGCAGCGUCGCUGGCAGCAACGGCGCAGCAGCUUCGCAACGAUGGCCAUGCCUAUGGCGCAGAUGUCAAUGUCCAGUGGCGUCAUGCGAUGGCAAAGCUUACUUCGUCAAGCGGCGUGUUGGAGCCCUCGUUACGCCAGGUUCAUUCCAUUACCGAACUACUCCGUCGCUGUCGAGUCAAAAAUAGUGCGGCUCCGGUGAACGUGAGCACCAACAGGGCAUCUCUUUCUGAAACACAACGCACGCCGAAUGCCGACAUUUUGCAGCGACUGCCAGCCAUUUCGAAGGAAUUGACCAUUCUGUUUGACCUGGUGCAGCCUUUUAAGCUGUCUCAAGACAUCAUGCAGAAGCAAUACGGUGAGGAUCUGGAAAACUCCAUUGCGGCCAUGGCGGCGUUUCUGGAGAAAUCACAGGCGCGCCCCCUGCCCAUGAGCUUUGACAGUGUCGUGAAGCAAAUUGACGUCGCAGAGCGUAGUGUCAAGAUACAAGUCUCAACUCUACACGACCUGCUCGCGAAGCAAAGCCCAUGCCACUUGUGGCUCAGAGAAGGCCGAAUGUGGCCCUGCGAUUCUCUAACCGCACUACUCGAGCAGCUACGCGCCAACAACUACAACUCAUUCUCACCAGGCAUUCAACACGCGCUCGUUAGCCUCGGUCUCUCCGUCUCCAAACUCCAGCAUCUCCAGCGAAUCCAUCAUGCACGGCUGAGCCUGGAUGACAAGACGCUACGCCAGGAGACGACCAACUGGGGACACUCCAACUGGAACCCAUCAGAAUAUCCAGAAUGGCUGCUACUGGAGAUUGACAACGAUAUUCUGAUACGGCCAGUGCAGGUAGAUGUCGCAAAAGCCAUAAUAUCUCCGCAGUCCCGCCGCAAUUCAGUGCUGCAGAUGAACAUGGGCACAGGGAAAACAUCCGUCGUCAUACCAAUGGCCGCCAUCGUACUCGCCGACACUUGCAAGCUCUGCCGCGUCGUCGUGCCGAAAUCCCUGCUGCUGCAGACGGCUCAGGUGCUCCAAAGCCGAAUCGGCGGGCUCGUCGGGCGCCGGCUGCGGCACGUUCCGUAUUCCCGUCGCUCGCCGUGCGACGCCUCCAUCCUGUCUCGCUACCAUCGCAUGCACACCGAGAUGCUGCAGACGGGCGGCAUCAUGCUGUGCCUUCCCGAGCACAUUCUGUCCUUCAAGCUGAGCGGGCUGCAGCGACUCGUGGAUCGCCGACCGGAGCUGGGACGGCGCAUGCUGCAGAUUCAGGCCUGGCUGCAGGACACCUGCCGCGACGUGCUGGACGAGUCGGACAUGACGCUGUCCGUGUACACACAACUGAUUUAUCCGAGUGGUCAGCUGGCGACGCUCGAUGGGCACUCGCACCGAUGGCUUGUGGUUGAGCAUCUGCUCGGUCUAGUAGAGAGCCAUUCUGCGAGACUGCAGAAGAUGUUCGAGGGCCAGGUGGUCGUUGUCCAAAGAUCUUGCGGGUAUCCUAUUUUCCAUUUCAUAACCAAGCAUCCCGAGAAUGCGCUCAACUCGUUCUUGGCCGACGAUGUCUGCAACGGCCGGCUGCCACAGCUUCAGAUUCGAGAGUCAGCAGGGAACGCAAAAGACGUCGUGAGGGCGAUUAUCAUUGGUUCUCACGUAUCAGCUUCGGAGUGGGAUUCUGCCAUCCAGUCCCUCAAAGACGAGUCAUUUGGCGCCAAAACUCUCUACCUUCUCCGCGGCCUCAUUUCGCAGCGCAUCCUCAUCCUCUGCCUCAAGAAGAGAUGGAACAUCCAGUACGGGCUGCACCCCGAGAGGCAGCCCAUCGCGGUGCCAUUCGAGGCCAAGGGCAUCCCUUCGCAGGCGGCCGAGUACGGGCAUCCAGACACGACGCUCAUCCUCACCUGCCUUACGUUUUACCAGCAGGGACUCUCCAAGGAGCAGCUGAAGCAGGGACUGCUAGGCGUCAUGCAGUCCGACGACGCCGCGGCGCAGUACGAUCGAUGGACCUGCUCCUGCGCUACGCUGCCCCCGUCCUUCCGCUGCUGGAACAUGCUUGACCCUGAAAAUGAUGCGCAAGUCGACGCACUUUGGGGCUACCUGCGGUUUGACCGCACCGUCAUCAACCAUCACCUCAACACGUACAUUUUUCCCGCGCACGCUAAGCAGUACCCGGUGAAGCUUUGUGCAUCGGGCUGGGAUAUUCCACUUCUGAGCCAAGAAGAAGAAGGGCGAGACGGCGCGCCAGAUGGCUUGACUACUGGCUUCAGCGGAACCAACGACAACAAGCGCAUCCUGCCGCAGACAAUCCGACAAAACGACUCUCCUCAGCUGCUGCACACGAAUGCGGAAGUACUGUGCCACCUGCUGGAGAGCAGAAACAGCGACUGCUACUUGACCAUGGAGGGUGGACGCCGAUUCGGCGAAGAAGACACUCUGCGAUUUCUCUGCCGCAAGGGAAUACGUAUCUUGAUCGACGCCGGCGCCCACAUUCUGGAGAUGGAAAACCAAGAUGUAGCCAGGACAUGGUUGAGCAUUGACCCGCAAGCCGAGGGUGCCGUGUACUUCGGGGCCAACAGCCAGAUCAUGGUUCGUUCUCGCUUUCAAAAGGACCCAAUGCCGCUUAUUGCCAGUCCUUUUGCGGGCGACCUUGAGAAAUGCGUCGUGUACAUUGACGAAGGACACACGCGCGGGACAGACUUGAAUCUGCCGUCCAACGCAAAGGGUGCAGUGACGUUGGGGUUAGGUCAAACCAAAGACCAGGCUGUGCAAGCUGCCAUGAGACUGAGGCAGCUCGGCACAACGCAGUCCGUCGCCUUCCUCACGCCACCAGAGGUACACUGCGGCAUCAUCGACCUGCGCGCCGCCCACACCGCCCAAGGCACGCGACACUUUGUCGUCACCUCGCGCGACGUGGUGCGCUGGCUGCUCGACCAGAGCUGCAAGGCCAACGAGCAGAUGCUGAGCCUGUACCUGUCACAGUGCCACAACUUUUGCCGCCGCGCCGACAUCCUGUGGCAGCACCCGGACCAUGCGUCCAACGACAACAGCCUGUCCGCGGUGUUGGGCGUGGUGCGGCAGGACGAGCAGCAGACGCUGCAGCAAAUGUACGGCCCUCAGGCAUCGGAUCAGCAGAUGCCCGGCUCCGUCGAGCUCACAUCUCCGCGGUUGCAGGGAUACGUGCGCAGCGUGACGCAGAUGGCGCGGCACGGGCAGCUGACCUCCACGUCGGCGCUCAUGCAGGUCGAGCAGGAGAGGGAGGUGGUGCUGCAGGUCGAGCAUAUGCGCGCCAAGGAGACGCGGGCGCAGCAUGUUGCGCUGGAGUUUCCGGGGCUUGACGCCGUCAUUGCGCGGUUCGCGGAGACGGGUGAGCUCGAUACACAGGAACCCGUCUUGCAGGCGUUUGACUACGUUGGGAAAACGAGACUUGGAGCACGCUUCGGCAUUCAAGCCACUGCAUCCCGUCUCUACGUGUCGCGCGAGUAUUGUCGGACUGUCGCGGCAGAUGCCACGGGCGAAGGGCCCGAUAUCGUGCGUCCUGUGCACUGGAUCCUGUGGAAUCCGUCCUCCGAAACAGCCCUCAUCAUCAUCCCCGAGGAAGCCGAUGCCGUCAUCCCGCUGCUCCGCGCCACGAGCCCGCCGCGCGUCUGGCUGCUGGCGUACGCGACGCCCGUGACCAAGUCAAUGCACGCCUUCCACUGCCUCGCCUACCUGACGGAGCCGCGGUGGCCGCUGGUCCGCGAGCUGCCCGCCUGGCUGGGCGUUGAAGUGGGUAUCAUCAGCGGCCGCCUGUACUUUCCGUACGCCGAGUACGGGCCGCUCCUCGAGUGGCUGGGGCUGCCGGAUGCUGGUGGUCACCUCGGCGGUGGUGGACGUCCUCCCGCCGGCGGCCGCAACAGCGACGAGCUGCUCGCGUUUCUACAAGCGUGGCUUGCGUUUCGGCGUCGGACGGAGGAUGUCUUGUAUACGCCUGUUGGUUUUGUGUGUCAAGGGCAGCGCCUGGCCGAAAACCACUUCUUCUUUUCGAGCACAACUAGGGCAAGCGCAGGCACAGAGCUGGCUACAGAGGCGGGUAUAUGA